AUGCCAGCUGUUUUGGAAGAUUACCAAAGAAACUUUUUGGAAUUGGCAAUUGAAUCUCAAGCUUUGAAGUUCGGUUCCUUCACUUUGAAGUCUGGCAGACAAUCACCAUACUUCUUCAACUUGGGUCUGUUCAACACCGGUAAAUUGUUAUCCAAUCUAGCUACUGCUUAUGCCAUUGCUAUUAUCCAUUCAGAUAUAAAAUUCGACGUUAUCUUUGGUCCUGCUUAUAAAGGUAUCCCUCUAGCCUCUAUCGUCUGUGUUAAGCUAGCUGAAAUCGGUGGUACCAAAUAUCAAAAUAUUCAAUAUGCAUUUAAUAGAAAGGAGAAAAAAGAUCAUGGUGAAGGUGGUACUAUUGUAGGUGCUUCUUUGGAAAACAAAAGAAUUAUUAUUAUCGACGACGUCAUGACCGCCGGUACUGCAAUUAAUGAAGCUUUCGAAAUUAUUGCAAAGGAAAAUGGCCAAGUUGUCGGUUCAAUCAUUGCAUUAGAUAGACAAGAAAUCGUAAAUUCAGAAGAUAGAGACGGUUUAUCUGCCACCCAAUCCGUCAGCAAACGUUACAACAUUCCUGUCCUAAGUAUCGUCACUUUAACCGAUAUUAUCACUUAUCUAGAAGGCAAAAUCUCUCCAGAGGAAAAGGAAAAAAUUCAAGAGUAUCGUCAAAACUUUGGUGUUUAA